AUGAUAUCCAUAAACAUAGAGACUCCUAAUCAUACUCGAUAUUAAGGGAUGCUUCACAAAAUAGACACAACUGAGAAUACAAUUUUGUUGCAUUCCGUUGUCAACUAUGGAAAAGCCAAGAGACCCAUCAAACAAAUCAUAUCAGAUGCAGAAAAACACAACUAUUUUGUACAAUUUCCUUUAGAAUUUGUCAAAGCAGAUACGGUUAUAACUACAAAUGAUGGAAAAUCUUAUAAGGCUAAAUUACAAAAGAUAGAUCCUUAUACUAAAUUUCCAAUUUUCCAGAAUAUCUAAUUAAUAUGUAAAGAAUGCGAAGAAAGUGAAAGAAAAUCUUUUGACUUCAAAUCACAUAGGGUGAUAUCGAUCAAUAAGAAAUAGUAGAUCAAAAUGAAAUAAUCCCUACACAAUUAAAAUAAGUCUGUAGAUCUCAGAUCAUCAUAUCCACCCUGUAUCACUAAUAAUUAUAGGUAAAUGGCAAAAUUUAAAGAAUUAAUCGAAUAGAUAGGAUAUAGACCUAAAUUAAAGUGCAAAAAUUGA